AACCAUCGACGCACGAUACAAUUAUUGCUGAGUUUACCAAAAGUGCACGCGCCAAAAACAAUCUGCGACCAGUUUGAUUUGAUAUCUUUAUUUUGUUUAAUUAAAACAGAGUUACGGCGACCAAAGCUUUAGUUUACAGUGUUUGUCGUAGCAUUUAGCACAAGAUUGGAUUCGAUAGUUUGAAAACAAGCGGGAAAAAGAGUUGAUCAGUCAACGAUAGUCUGGGCAUCUUUAUUUAUAAUGGAGAAUUUAAAGCUGCAAGAAGAGAUAAAGGCACUGAAAGACCUGGGUCAACAUUAUGAAAGUCUGUUGAAGAUAGCUGGUGUUGAACUGCGCGAUUUUUCCAAUGAAGAUUUGUCGCUUUUGAGCAAGAGUGCACAAUUGUAUGCUGACUUGGGCGUUCACGAGUUGGAAUUAAACUAUUUAAGUGACUUAUACUAUGGACUAAAAAGAGACCGCAUAGAAAACAACCUGAUAAUCGCGCAGAAGCAAACAGAUCUGCAGCGCAUCAAGACUUUAAUCGACGAAACAUCCAAAGAUGUAGCUGUAUUGGAACGAUUUAAAUCCACGGCCGAAAAACAAUUGAUUCCUGACGGAGUCGUUGAGCUGCAUCGCAGCAAUCAACUGGCUACCACACAGGCUUUGCUCGACAGACAGAAAGCUCUCGAGAUCCCGAAGGACUUCAAUAUUGAGAGUAUUAUGAAAAAGGUUCAUUCGCUGGAGCGUAAGAAGUGAAAUGUCUGAAUUUGUUUUAUAAAAAAUUCUUUAGAUGUAUUUACUCAGUAAUGCAAAAACACUUUACAAUAAAAUAAAAUAAUCAAAUUUAAAAAGUGUAUCUUUUCGGUUUACAUAUACGCAGCAUAUUCUACUCAUGCAAAAAUGUUAUUACUUUCUGUGUUAUGUGUCUCUAUUUAAUGGAGGAUACAAAAAGUUCAAUUGCUUCUAGUUUGUGUCGUAUAUUUAUUUAAAGGAUCAUGUUUGAAAAAAAAAAAAUUGAAAACGAAAAUCGAUAUCGAUUUACCAGCUGCUUAAAGCAUACAAAAUGUGUAUUGUGUUCUUCCAUGCCAUUGCUCAAAUGUAUGUAUGUUU